ACGACUUUUUGAACCCUGAACUUCCUGCUAUACCGUCCACCCGCCCCUCUUAUCGUUGUUUCGUCCCAUGUGUGCUUAAUCAGCCUCCCUCCUUGUGAAACCGUCGCCCCACUCGAGCGGACGAUGCCGACACCAGAUGAUGCCAUGGUCCCGUCGGUGGAGCACGAGAGCAUCGCCGGCCGCGCGACCUGUCCCCCAGACGAAUCGCGCUCCCUUACUGCACAAGAAUUGAACCAGCUGCGACUGUCAAGCCACAGCAGCGAUGCCAGUCGUGCGUCCCAUGCGCCCAUGCAGCAGCCCACUCCACCUCCCCAGGAUUCUCUAGAACACGGCCAGAUGCCGGCGGAUACCCACAGCAAGCCCUCGAGCGCCGAUAUCGAGACCCCAGCCCGGGACAUUCCCACGCCCAUGACUGCUACCGAUGACGGCUCCGAAGAGCAGCGCACAUCGCAGCCAUCGCCACAGUCUGCCAUUACGCCCGUUUCACUUCUCGCCAACCACAUUUCAUCGCCAUUUCCUGCGCAUAGGUUUCUACCAAACUCUUCGUCAUCCCUCCUCCGACCCGGAAGUCGCUUUGUGGGCAGUCAAACGUCCGAUCGUCAAAAAUACGAAGUCGAAGUCGAGAUAAAACAUGUUGAUAUGCGCGAGUCCUUCAUAUGUGGAUACUUGCGCAUCAAAGGGUUAACCGAGGAUCAUCCCAGCUUGACGACGUACUUUGAGGGCGAAAUCAUCGGAAGCAAGUACACAUUCAUCACACAGCAUCCUGAAUGGGGCUCCAACGAGAAGGUUGACCGCCAACAUUGGGCUCGAUUCCCUGCUUACAAGCCGCUAUCCAAGAACCUGUCGCGCCCCGAGCUGGUUACCAAGGACUGGAUGCACAAGGAACAUCUCUUCAUGCGUUGGAAAGAGUAUUUCCUUGUGCCUGACCACCGAGUCCGAACAAUAAGCGGCGCAAGUUUCGAGGGCUUCUACUACAUCUGCUUUAAUCAAAUGUCUGGCGGCAUUGAAGGCAUCUACUUCCAUGCUAAGAGCGAGAAGUUCCAGAAGCUCCAACUAGAACAUGUCCAAGAUUUUGGGUGUCAGGGCGCCAUUGAGUUCCGAUGAUGUUAACGAUUACACGAAUUUGCAUUUUUGGGAUGGAUUUAGCAUAUGGGCGCACUCUGGAGAAUCGGCUUUGUUGUAUGGUAUCAGGUUGGCCGCGGACCGUAUGCAGCGUGCGACACGGCCGUACAUAUUUCUGUAGCAACGGGGCUUAAGACAUUGAGGCGGAAUUACGUCACCUAUCGAAUCUGUGCACGUAACUGUGGCGCCAACGGCUGUGUUCCUCCACACGUCGUGGGCCAGCGGCGACCCUGGAGCUAGU